AAAAAAAACGGGGCUUUAAGUCGCAACCAAGGUUACAGUCUUACAGAUAAGCCUCUCCUGUCGCCUUCUUACCUCCGGCGAUGGCCAUGUUUUCCGCCGACAUCGGCUCCGUUUUCGUCGGGGUCGCCAAGCGGUUCUCCGCCGACGCUGUUCACUUAAGGAGACCGUUUCUGCUCCAGUUUUCUGGCUCGAGGAGGCUAUAUGCCGCCGCUGCGGUGCGAGUUAACAGAGCGACGUCGAAGGCGACUAGCCUUCGAUAUGUUCUUCCUGGGCUGGCAAGCUCGAGAGCGUUCUUGCGCAGUUUUGUAACUAGCGCCGCGACGACGGAGGAGAGCUCCGAUGUGCUGACGAAGAUUCCUCCGGAUGAUCGAAUUCCUGCCACCAUUAUAACUGGUUUUCUUGGCUCUGGAAAGACAACCUUGUUAAACCAUAUUUUGACUGCUGACCAUGGAAAGCACAUUGCUGUUAUCGAGAAUGAGUUUGGAGAAAUUGAUAUUGAUGGUUCUUUGGUGGCUGCAAAAACUACUGGAGCUGAAGAUAUAGUUAUGCUUAACAAUGGUUGUCUUUGCUGCACUGUAAGAGGCGAUCUUGUAAGAAUGAUUUCUGAGCUGAUUGAGAAGAAAAAAGGGAAAUUUGAUCAUAUUGUAAUAGAGACCACAGGAUUGGCUAAUCCGUCACCAAUUAUUCAGACAUUUUAUGCUGAGGAUAAGAUUUUCAAUGACGUCAAGCUGGAUGGUGUUGUUACUCUUGUUGAUUCAAAGCAUGUUGGAAUUCAUUUGGAUGAGAAAAAACCUGAUGGUGUAGUAAAUGAAGCAGUUGAGCAAAUUGCAUAUGCAGAUAGGAUUAUAGUGAACAAGACUGACCUUGUGAGCGAGCCAGAGAUCUCUUCCUUAAUCAAGAGAAUAAGGAAUAUCAAUACCAUGGCUCAUUUGAAGCGUACUUCAUAUGGUAAAGUUGAUUUGGAUUAUGUUCUUGGCAUCGGAGGCUUUGACUUGGAAAGGAUAGAGAGCACUGUUCGUUCGGAAGGUUCAAAAGAAGAUCAUAAGGAACAUGACCAUGAACAUAAGCAACAUGAUCAUGAUCACCAUGAUGAACAUCAUCAUCAGCAUCACAGCCAUGAGCAUAAGCAUGAUAAUCACGAGCAUGACCAUGUUCAUGAUCCUGGUGUUUCUUCUGUAAGCAUUGUUUGUGAAGGGAGCCUCGACCUCAACAAGGCAAACAUGUGGUUGGGCACUUUAUUAAUGGAACGAAGUGAUGACAUAUAUCGUAUGAAAGGUAUUCUUUCUGUGGAAGGCAUGGAAGAAAGAUUUGUUUUUCAGGGAGUUCAUGAUAUCUUCCAAGGUUCUCCUGAUAGAUUAUGGGGUUCAGAGGAAGCAAGAAUCAACAAAAUUGUAUUUAUAGGGAAGAAUCUCAAUGCUAAAGAAUUGGAUAAGGGUUUCAAAGCUUGUCUAUUGUAAAGCCUUUUCCACUUUAUACUGAUAAAUUGAACAUUCUCACUUGAAAAUUCAGAACAGAGCUUGCCUCAUAUAAGAAGUGCUUUGAAUCCUGUACAGGGAGGACAAGAUUGCUUUUUCUUGCUCA